AUGCCGCCGAUCUAUAGCAUUGGAGGACAAGAUUUUUGGAUCACAUUUGAUACCGGCUCCUCAGACCUCUGGGUAGUCUCAUCAGAUUGUACCAAUUCAGAUUGCCAAGGCAUCACGAGAUACUCGCCAUCGUCAUCUAGCACACUGACCUUAUCAGAUCAACCCUUCGAACUGGCAUACCUGGUGGGAUCAGUGCUGGGAACAAUAGGCACAGAGACCGUGACACUCGGACCGUAUGAAAUAUCCUCUCAAACGUUUGCCUUGGCUAACCAGACGAGUGGGCUUGGACUUUCUUACACGGGAAGCUCGGGUAUUCUAGGCCUAUCGUUUCCACUCGUUGCUUCCAUCCCUUUAACGUCUGGGACACCCAUCCUGGAUAAUCUGUUUGCUCAUUUUGACGACCAGCACCGGUUUUUCGCAUUCAAAUUAGGACGGAACGAGUCACAGGACAUCUCCUAUUCAGAUUCAUCGCUCACCAUUGGGGAAUUGGACUCCUCUUUGACAAAUGAUACGAGUCAGUUCGUGUUUACGCCGGUCUUCGCAUCAACACCGGACGAGUAUGACUUCUGGAAACUUCCAAUUCAACAAGUCACUAUCAACGAUCAGGUCCUUGCUCUUUCCCGUUCGCUGGUCCGCGGUGCACCGUCACCAAUCGCUGUGCUUGACACCGGGACGACCCUCAUUUUAGGUCCGACUGCGGACGUUGAUGCGUUCUGGUAUGCCAUAGGAACGGGUGGAUCCACGAGAUACAACCAGCAGACACAAACAUGGCAAGUCAGGUGCGAGAGGGCCGUGGACGUGCGCUUUAAACUUGGCAAUUCCGAUACUGCAAAAGAUUAUCCACUUCACCCCGAGGAUGUCAGCUGGGCUGAAAGUGAAACGCAAGACGGCUGGUGUACCGGUGGGAUACAGGCAAACAACGCAGUCAACUCUGGAGAUUGGCUUCUCGGGGCUGUGUUUUUGAGGAACGUCUACGUCAUACACCAGGGCCCAACAUCCUCCAAUACACCGAUGAUCGGGUUGUUGAACACGACAGACCCAUCCGCUGCUCUCGCAGAGUUCACAUCAUCCAGAGGACAAGAUCCAGCUCCCCCACCUUCCCUGCUACGUCCUGGUUCUUCGGCCACGGAAAUGAGGGAUACUCUCGCGACGUGUGUGGUGUGCGGGGUGUGCGGAUUCUUGAUUGGAGCGAUCGGAAUUGUGAUCUAUCGUGUCCGACAACAAAGGAGAUCGCAAGGACGAGUCCAUAUAUGA